UCUGAAGUCCUAACAAGAUAUGAGUAUUUUUCAGAGGAAGUUAACAUUAAACCUUUUUUCAACUACUAAAUAUCGAUCUGAGCACACGCCUGUGGUUCCAUUGUGGCUUUGGUGCACAUUUUUAAUGGCGAGGUUCCAGCUGGUCUGCGUCAAAGUGAGCUGGACGGUACUUUUGGCUCUGGCCCACCUCACCUACCUGCUAUUUGGCGCCAUCGUCUUCCAGGUCCUGGAGCGAGAGGCUGAGAGCAACAACCGAAACCACUUCCAACUGGAGAAGUUGAAUUUCUUGGCUAAUUACACGUGCUUGGAUGGACCAGCCUUGGAGAAGUUUGUUCAGGUGAUUUUAGAAGCCUGGGAAAGGGGCGUGAAUCCCUCGGGUAACUCAACGAACCCUAGUAACUGGGAUUUCAGCAGCUCUUUCUUUUUUGCCGGCACUGUGGUCACAACUAUAGGGUAUGGCAACCUAUCUCCCAGCACUGUGUGUGGUCAGGUGUUCUGCGUGUUCUAUGCUCUAUGCGGCAUCCCACUAAACCUGGCCUUCCUCAAACAACUGGGCAAAUGCCUCACUCUACACCUAGGUCGCCUGGAGAGAGGGAUGGUGUCUGUGGUUCCACACAAGCAAGCAGUUGAGGCUUUGGCAGUCAGCUCCUUCUUCGUCACGGGUAGCCUGCUGUUUCUGGUCAUCCCUCCUCUGCUGUUCAGUUACGUGGAAGGGUGGACGUUUGGUGAAGGCUUCUACUUUGCUUUCAUAACACUCAGCACCAUUGGGUUUGGAGAUUAUGUGGUGGGGACCGACCCAGGGAAGGAGUACAUUUCUCUGUACCGUAGCCUGGCGGGUAUUUGGAUCAUAUUCGCUUUGGCCUGGCUCGCUCUGAUCCUCAGCAUGGGCAUGCGGAUAAUGGAGCAUGUCAUUGGUCUGACAAUUCCAGGCUUCAGGAAGCAAGAGGAGGAUGAGGACGUGUCAUCCAAUAAACUGGACGACACUUCAAAGAUCUGACACCUGAUCCCAAAUCCUUUCA